CUCACCCUCACCCUCACCCUCAUCCUCACCCUCACCCUCACCAACCUAUACACAUAUAUAUAUAUAUAGCUAUGAAUCUGUACAAUUUUUCGCCUCUUUUCCUUUGCGCUCACUCAAGCUCUAAAUAUUGCCAUGUUCUGAUUCAUGUAUGCUAAAAACUUGAUUAUAAAGAAGAAAAAGGUAAGGAUUAGGAUUGGAAAUUUAACAAUUUAGCUACCACUCGCUGAAAAAGAGAUGCAGUUUUCACGAAAUCCUCUGUUUCUCGAUUUUUCCGCUAUCUCAAUAACCCUCGCGAGUUGGUAAAAUUGCCUCUUUUCAGUAAGCGUUGUCGUGGUAAUUGUUGUUGUUUUCUGGUUUUUUGAAUUGUCUAUGCAAUAUGCAUCGUAGCAGCUGUGGAAUUCGUGAAGUGUAAUUUGCUGGAUGUUUUUUUUGGUUUGCAUUGAUGUUUAAUUCCAUACGGUAGUGUGUUUUGGUCGCCAUACCGCGAUCUUCAUUAUUUCUACAUUAAUGCAAAUUCCUGUUUGAUUUGGAGGUAUAGAUUUAUUGUUUUCAGUUUGAGGAAGGAUCGAGAUCUUCACAAUUUUAUAGCUGCUAUAGUUACUGUGUUGUUUUAUUCCCUAUGAUUGGUUCAGGACGAGGAACACGGAUCUCUCAACGUUUUAACCUUACUUUCUUCAAAAACCUUGCUCACCCCUUGUAUGCUAAUUUCUACAAGUGGAUUGCAAAUCCGCUUGCAGUUGGAGUAAUGGACAACCAUGAGCAUGGUAACGGGGCUUCUGGAAAUAUUCCUGAAUUUGGUGCAAUCUUUCUUUCAAACACUCAGACCAAAAAAGAAUGCCUUCAACGGAAUAUAUUUGCACUACCAUCUUCGCAUGCUGAAUUUGUGAGACAUGUUAAAGAGGGAAUGGUUUUGUUCCUGUUUGAAACUAGAAAGAGACAACUCUUCGGGGUUUAUCAGGCAUCCUCUGAUGGAGCGGUGGACAUUAAUCCCCAUGCAUUUAGUAGUUCAGGGCGGCAUUUCCCAGCACAGGUUCGUUUUAGACAAAUAUGGCAUUGUGGUCCAAUCUCUGAGAAAGAAUUCCAAGAUGCUAUCAUAGGGAAUUACUUUUGUGCAAGGAAAUUCAACUUCGGCCUCUCUAAAGAUCAGGUUCACAGGCUUCUUUAUUUGUUCAGUUCAAAAAAGAUAAAAAGAAGCAUCCCCUCUCAGCCGCAGUCAGAAGCUAUUGUUGAAGUAUCUAAGGACAGAAGACUGGUAGGCGAUGACAGAGAGAGACAUGGAUUAAGUGAGACAGGAUACAUGGAAUCUACUGAAUAUGAUGACCAUGUGAGCUCGUUGGCUAAAGGCAAAGAAGUUAACGUGUUGGUAGAGAAUAGGGCCAAUGCUGAUGGGAAAAAUAUCCUUUUUUCUCAUGAUGAUUUUAUUGCUAAAAGGAGAAGAAUAGGUAAAGAAUACCCUGAGCAUUUUCUGGAUCCUUUAGAUGCGAGGGUCCGCGAUGAUUAUACUUCUUUGCAGAGGAGUACAUUGCGGGAGGACUAUGACAUACUCAAUGGUCGCCAACGGACAUUUGCAAGUGAUAACUAUGGGAGUUCCCUGGCUCAAGGCAAACGUGUGAUUGAUGAUGAUAGGUUCCUGUUGGAUGAUUCUGUGAUAAGAGACUGCGAUAGUAAUGUGGUUAGGUCUGUGUCUAUUAGUGAUCACAACAUGAAAUUAUGUAGGCAAGAAAGAGGAAUGGUAAAGGAUUAUGAGCGGUUGAUGGGGAGGAAAUCGGAAAAUGCCUUUGAUCCUUCUACCAGCCAUUUGCAUAAAAUAAGAAAAACAAAUGCAGCUGGGAGGUUUCAAAUCGACAAGAAUGAACCUCGUCUUGGAACAUGUUUUGCCGGAGGCUUAUCUUCCAAAACUGAUUUACCUCCAUGGCAUUGUGGUUACAGGAUUAUUGAGGGUAGGAAGUACCCAGUUCUGGAAGGAAUGUCAACUGAAAAUAUGGUGGACAAAGGUCCACCUGCACUGGCCACAAAAGAUGGAAAUGUUGCGGAUGAAGACAGGCAAGUAUUAGUUAACGCAAGGUAUAGAAAGAGUGAGAGAGUGGAUAGUAUAGAGGCUAGUCAUACACAUUCUAAUCAUGUCAUAUCAAUGAAGUACCCUUUUUUCUCCAAGCCAGAACAAAAUUUAUCUUCAUUUCCUGUCAAGUUUCCAAAUAAACAGCUCUCUCAAUUUACCGUCUCCAAUAAUUUUGACAUCUCUCCCUCCAUUUUGGAGGAUGCAGCGAUUACAAAGACUAUCCCUUACUCACCUGACCACCCCAGCCUUUCUCAUGGAUGCUCUUCAUCAAAGGAAGCUAGCCAAUAUUCUACUUCAAUGCAAAAAAACCACGCGCCUGAUGGUUCUUUAGGGAACUUCUAUCCUCUAUCCAGUAAUAGGUUGCAUCCGUAUCCUUUGGAAACGGAAAAAUCUAUCAUACCUCAAGAUGCCACACUUGAAUAUGGAGAUAAUGGUUUUGCGAUGAGCACACCAGGCCUCCGAAGUUCUUUGCUUCGAGAAUCUUCCAGUUCUUUUGUAAAACCAGACCUUUCUGUGUACAUGGAUCUGAAUACAUCUGCUCCUAUCAAUUACAGAGGUUCAUUGUCUUCAAAGCUUUCUCCACCCUGCACUGAUCCUGAAAACUUUGAAGGCAAAAAAGGAUUGUUUGCUUAUUACUCCAAAUCUCAAGAUCUGGGCAUGGAUAUUUGUCAGCGAGAAAAAAGUGUGGCGAUUUAUGGGAAUCAGCAUUUCAGAAUCUCUAGAAAUAUGAAUCCCAUGGAACUCCACAUAAGUUCUGGAGCUAACUCCACUCUUAACAGGAGAAGUGUUUUCACUCGUUUGUCUUCUAAAUCAUCCCAGUUUAGUGAAAAGAGAAAUGACAUUGAUGUUAAUAUUCAAGACUGCUAUGUCAAUGCUACAGCUGAUGAACUCAUGGAGAUGUUGAAGCAGAAUGAUAAUCUGUCACCGAGAAGGCUCGGGAAAUCUGGAGUUGUUGGACAACAAGCUAGAGAAAGUGCAGUCGCUGAAAAUAAAACCCAGUAUCAUAUGGAAACUGAGCACUCUACAAUGGAGAUGGAAAUGCUGAGUGAUGCAACUCAAGCUACUGCAGAUAGUUCUGAUGAAAUCCCUAAAGAGACUCGAGCUUUGGAUUUCAAACGUCGUAGUGAAAGAAAGUUGGUUGGGAUUUCUGGUUCAGCCUCUCAUAGUAAUCCCAUGUGUGCUAAAGAAGAGGUCAAAAGUUCCACUAAUUCAACUUCAAGACGCAAAAAGCUGGUUAGACCUGCUUUUAGUAAAACUGAGACUGCUGUCGAUGCUGCUACAUGCAUUAAUGAAACAUUACAGCCUUCUGCUCCAGUCCUCAACGAGGAUGAUAAACAGAGUAGUGAAACAACCACAAGCUUACUUGAGCCUGAGACUCCCAUCAACGAUACCAGGACCAGCAAUGUGUUGGCUCCACACACUCUUCAAGAGGGGGACUGUAAUAAAGAACCCCCAUGUCCCAAGGAGCAAUAAAACGCAGUAGCUCAAGUCUUGCCAUCUACAGGCGUUGAGCAUGGAAACGAUGACCUCCACCUUGGUAGCUCAGUGGUUCCCUCAACAGUUGAUUUCUGAUAUUCAAACUUCGGUUGAUGGAAUUUCAGCCAAAGGUACUGAUGCAUCACCAGGUGGGACCUUCCGGAACCAUCUUUUGAAGGGUCCGAACCUGGUGCUGGUUCCAGGAAGGAACUUACUAUGGAGAAACAUCUGAACAAAAUAAAAAUCAUACUAACUACUAUGAAUGAUAUGAAGGCUUCUUCUCAGUGAAGCCACCAGCACAUGGUUAUUGUUCUUAAAAUCAUCUGUACAGACUUAUAGUGCGUUAAAAAGCUUUUGGCAGCUCUGUGUACUAGCAUCAAUAUGGAUGUCCUGUGAAGGUCUCGAAAGCCAACCUGGCACGACAGCUGAUCGGUCAGGCUUCUACGAUGCCACGCUCACCUUGCCUUGGAAGAUGGUUUUUCUCUUUCCUUCUUCUCUUUUAAUCAUCUUGUCAUUCAUUUCAUAUCACUAAUGCACAAAUCAGGAUUCCUCAUCUGCUUCAUUUUUUUCAAAUUAUCUCUCGUUUAAUGUAUAUAUUUUCUGGUAA